UAAAAAUCAUUUACUUUGCGGAGAGUAAAGCGUUCAUAUCAAAGGUAUUUAUACAAACUAUAAGAAAUAUCUCAAAAAGCUCGAUUCAGAUAUAUUUUGGAUGAGAAAUGUGCGAGUAUUUAAAGGAACUAGAAACCGUAUAUCCUAGAGAGUGUUUAGAAACAGAAUACUAAAUCCAUUUCCUAAGGGGAUUGUGCGUUAUAACAAACUUGUCCUACACAUUGUAGAAGUUUAGAUAUUUGGGUUUCAUAAACCCUAUUUUUGUUACACUCGACUUGUACGGAACAGUGUAAUUAUGAUGACGGAUACACUCAGCUCGAAUAACCAUGUUAUGGUCUUACCUAACAAGCUAGACAUGGACAACAAAAUGGAUGACUUGGGAUGGAAGUCCAAAUUGAAAAUUCCCCCGAAAGACAAAAGGAUUCAAACAAGCGAUGUAACAGACACCAGAGGAAAUGAAUUCGAAGAAUUCUGUUUGAAACGAGAACUGUUGAUGGGAAUCUUUGAAAAGGGCUGGGAGAAACCAUCACCCAUUCAAGAAGCCGCUAUUCCCAUCGCUCUAUCCGGGAAAGACGUACUUGCCAGAGCAAAAAAUGGAACAGGUAAGACUGGAGCUUAUUCAAUCCCUGUACUGGAACAGAUCGACCCGAAAAAAGACUGCAUACAGGCGCUGAUAAUAGUGCCAACGAGAGAGCUGGCCCUGCAAACGUCGCAGAUAUGCAUCGAGUUGGCCAAGCACCUGGAGGUGCGCGUGAUGGUGACCACCGGCGGUACGAACCUAAGAGACGACAUAAUGCGUAUAUACCAGAAGGUCCAGGUGAUAAUAGCCACCCCGGGCCGUAUACUCGACCUUAUGGAGAAGGGUGUGGCCGUGAUGGACCAGUGUAAGAUCCUUGUCCUGGACGAGGCCGACAAGCUGCUGUCGCAGGACUUCAAGGGCAUGCUGGAUACAGUCAUUAAGAAUUUACCUCAGGAGAGGCAGAUACUUCUAUUCUCAGCCACAUUCCCAUUGACCGUUGAGCAGUUCAUGAGAAAGCACCUGCGCGACCCCUACGAGAUCAACCUCAUGGAGGAACUAACGUUGAAGGGCGUCACACAAUAUUACGCGUUCGUCCAGGAGAGACAGAAAGUACAUUGUUUAAAUACUCUAUUUUCAAAGUUACAAAUCAACCAAAGUAUUAUUUUCUGCAAUUCGACACAAAGGGUGGAGUUGUUGGCCAAAAAGAUCACUGAGCUCGGCUAUUGCUGUUACUAUAUCCAUGCAAAGAUGGCACAGGCCCAUCGCAACAGAGUUUUCCAUGACUUCAGGGCCGGCCUGUGUAGGAAUCUAGUCUGUUCAGAUUUAUUCACAAGAGGUAUUGACGUGCAAGCAGUGAACGUCGUGAUCAACUUCGACUUCCCCAAAAUGGCAGAGACGUACCUCCAUCGCAUCGGCAGGUCCGGAAGGUUCGGUCACUUGGGUAUCGCCAUCAACUUGAUCACGUAUGAUGAUAGGUUCACCCUGCACCGCAUCGAGCAGGAGUUGGGCACGGAGAUCAAACCAAUCCCAAAGGUCAUCGACCCUAAACUGUACGUUUCCAAGAGCGGUGACGAAGAGGAAUUGGAGGAAGUAGCAAAGUAACGUGCGCAAGCUUAACACAAAGCAAAAGACUCGUGUAUAUAGAUUUAAAAAAAAGAUGAACUUAA